AUGGACUCGUCAUACAAAAGCGCGCGGAAUUACCAAGUGUGUGAACAGUGUUUUAUGCUGCUCCUGUUGAACAAAUACGCCGAAAUCGAGUUCAUGCGAAAGAAGAAGAAGUCGACACAAGCACUCCCUUUUCUUCAAGUUAAAACCAUUUUUUUUUCACAAUACGACUCAAUCGACUUUGUCAACUUAAUCGAAACAAAGUGUAAGGGGAUGAUGGAAUCGGAAAUUAAAGGCGGACUCGCACAACACACAGCACAACGGAGGUAUAACUGCAAUUUACUCACAGAGUCACUCCACCUCUUGAUGGAUAUUUUGGAGGAAUUUGGUUUUUAUUUCAGUAACACACUCUCAUCGGGGAAAAACGGUACAAUUAAGGCAGAAAAAAUAGGGAAGAUCGGUAUAAAGGACGCAGUGUUUUACGAGGACGUCAUUCGCGAAAAAGGGCAAAUAUUAAAUAAACUUGUAUGCUCAAAACUCGAGUUUGCCGAGACGUGCCACUUCGUGGUGUGCUCCAGUGAGCUCCAGAGCAUCUUUUCUUGCCCAAAUUUGUAA